CACAUCUAAUUACACCGUAGAGUUUCCCCUAAAACCCUAAUUCCAAUAUAAAGAACCUGGUAAAGAGGUUUCUUCGCCAUUUCCCUGUUUUCGGCAAAUCCUUAAACCCUAACCAAAAAAAGGCUUUUCUUCGAUCAGAGAAAAAUCUUAACUCAGGGCUCUAAUGGCUGCCAAUAACACCCCAGCUGGAAUAGACAAAGAGCAGGCCUUUGGCAUGGCGGAAACAGAGAUGGAAUAUAGGGUAGAACUCUUUAACAGGCUUGCACAAACGUGUUUCAACAAGUGUGUUGACAAAAGGUACAAGGAGUCUGAGCUAAACAUGGGUGAAAAUAGUUGCAUUGAUCGCUGUGUUUCAAAGUAUUGGCAGGUGAAUGGCAUGAUUGGCCAGAUGCUCAGUGCUGGUGGUCGGCCUCCAAUUUAAAUAUUGCCAUCCUUCAUUCUGAAUUCUAUUUUACAUGUAAACCAUGGCUAGUCUUGCUGUUGUGGAAAGGCGGUGACUGAAAUUAAGCACAACAGAUGUUUUUAACGUCACCCGAAAUUACAUUUUAUUCUGACACAAUGUUUGUGGCUGUUUUGAAUUGGUUUCAACACAAUAAAGAUUCUGGUGCUAAAUCAGAAGUUCC